CCAAGCCCAAGCCCGUCAUCUCAGCUGUGGCGCCCGCCCCCCUCCUCUGCCGAAGCCAUUCCGCCCGUCAACUACCGCAAGCGCCGAAGCCAAGGGAUUUUAACACGCCAACUCUAAGUGUGCUCGGACCUCGGGGGCCGGCGCAUGGCUAGUUGGUUGGAUCUCUUUUGCACUACAACCACCAACGGUACUGAUCGUCACCCGAGACGAAAAGCAAGAAAUGAAAAGAAAGAGCCGCCGUGAAACGCGCAAUCUCUGUCUCCCGCCUCCCCUCUACUAGCACUAUGGUACAGGCGUUUUCGGCGCUCGGCAGGUCGAGCUUGUAGUGGAUAAAGACCCUCAUGAUCCCUCGCUCACAACGCACUCGGGUUGCGAAAACGGUGAAAUGAAAGAAGAAGGCGAGGCGUUGCGCUGACUGCUCUUUACCGUCAAUAUGGACAACGUGGACGUGGCGCCGGUCUCCUUGUAUACGCUCCCUACCAGUCCGGCCGCUUGGGACCGGAUUGGCAUCUUCUUCAUCUGCUAUGCCUGCAUCUGGACAACUCUCGUCUUCUCGGGCAUGGCCUUUUGUUGGUUCAACCGCCACCAUCCCGUCCUCAGGAUCCGCGGUCUGCCGCUGUCAUUCACUGCCAUUACCUUCCUUCACGCCUACUGGAUUCUUGCGCAGAUUACGUAUCCCAUUGGCAGGACGAUCCCGGUCAUUCUCGCAUAUGAUAUACAGUACUUCUUCAUGGGCAUGUGGUUCCCGCUCGGAAUCGCCCUUUUCCAUGCUUCCAACACCCGUUUCCUUCACAUCGCCAAGCUGCAGAGGCAGUUUACCCACCCCGAGCUCAGGUAUCGCGCGGGAUGUGACGGCGCCAAGUCAUCAUGGCUCUGUCGCCUAAGAAACAUGCGCUACACGAGAAGGGUCAUGAUACUCAUCGGCUUUGGCAUGGUCCUACAGGUUCUCCUCACCGUCGGCAUGUGGCUUGCUUGCAAAAAGUACCACCCGACGUACGGCAUCCCUGGCACUGAGCUGCACGGUGCUACCAUUCCGGAACAACUCGAAGAUCUAGGCCGCGGAUGGGAGUGGUGGCCUUCUGUCCUCUGGCAGGUCAUAUGGACUUGGAUUGUGGCACCCAUUCUUAUCUGGCGGGCGUGGGGUAUCCGUGACACCAUGGGAUGGCGCACGCAGACCAUCGGUUGCUGUCUCUCAAAUCUUCACGCAACGCCCAUGUUCCUCAUCGCAUCUUACGUGCCUGCUUUUCGAAAAGUCAACCCAUAUUUUACGCCGAGUCAAUGGAUUCACCUAUCAAUCUUCAUGUUUGAGAUCUUCACCGUGUUUGUGCCCGUCUUUCAAGUGAUUCGACUCCGCAUCCUUAGCAAGAAAGCCAAGGACACAAACAGUAAAUGGGAAACCGGAUCGCAAACCACGACUCUUCGCACUUCUACCUCGGCUGAGUGGCAGAAGGCAUCGUCCACCAGCCUGGUGGAAAAGGGACAGUCUCUAGACUAUCUCGACGAGAGGCUAGGUGAUCGCCUGCUGACUAUGGGGGCCUUGGAGCACGUCCUCAGCGAAAACCCAGGACCACUUCAGGAGUUUUCCGCGCUGUGCGACUUCUCUGGAGAAAACAUUGCCUUCUUGACGACGCUCUCCGUAUGGCAGACUUCUCAUACAAACGCCUUUGACCAAGAAAGCCGGCUCGAAUCCUACAACCGGGCGCUUGAGAUUUACAUCGACUUUGUUAGCCCUCGAGACGCCGAGUUCCCGCUCAAUGUGUCUUCCACGGAUCUCAAGCCUCUUCAGGACGUCUUCGAAAAGGCAGCGAGAAUAGUUUGUGGCGAGGGACGAAACGACUCGGCCACGCCUUUCGACAUGGAUCCGGCGCCUACCAGCAGGGCACUUAGCAGCUUGGUGACCUACACGGGCGAGGUUCCCCAAGCAUUCCAUGUCGGUAUAUUCGACGCGGUGCAGUGUCACGUAAAGUACCUCGUCUUCACUAACACUUGGCCCAAGUUCGUGGAGGAGAUGCAGCAGCAGCGCAGGAGGUCCAGUGAUACGGCGAACAGCGACUUGACUGCGUCGUCGGAGAAGACGCUGGCGAGCAAGGUUUCAAGUCAGCUAUCGGGUCUGUUCCGGUCCCUUUGGUAAUAAUACACACAUAUCGUGUGCGGAGUGGCCCCUACGG